UUUAUAUAGAUAGCUCGUUCAUCCCCGGUCUGGCCCUCAUGCGCGCAGGCGGGUUUUGCCGGUCUCUCAACUCUCAAGAGCCGAACUGGAAGCUAGCAUCGGAGGCAGCAUGCAAAUUGCAGUAACACGGAGGUGUUCUUGUUACUUACAAAAAAAAAAAUAGCCGGGUUCCUUCAUCACAGAUAACAGAACAAGCAGACGAGGAUCUUACUUACAACAUCUCGUCUCGGCACCACAAGGGCCAAAAGCACUCUUUCCCAACAACGGCAGAGUUCCCUACAAAAGCGAAGAUAGAAGAUCAUCAAUUCCUUAAGGAGGGCGAAAAGAUUUGCACCAACUUCAGAGCAAAUGAAAGGCUGCUGUGACCUGUGAUUAAGCGAGCCAUCACCUUAACCUGUUCUUUACUAAUGGCAAUCCGGCGGCCCAUACCAAAAAGCAUGGCUUGCCGAGAAGGCCAUUCCAGACAGCGAGCACACACAGAUUUUGGUAGAAGCCAUUACGGCUUCUCUCACCCUGCUUCGCUUCUCAAGUUAACGGUGUGUAGUGUCAGGAACUUCACGGCCGCUGAGUGCCUGAGUUCAGCAACCUCGCUGGCACGCGGCUUCGGCUCAACUGGAUUAGGUACGAAGGGUCCUUAAUACCCUGCGCAAAACCAAACUGAAAACCGAAAAAACCGAAACCGAACCGAAAUAUCGGUUCCCGGUUUUUUGGUUUCGGUUCCGGUUUCGGCACGGCUUCGGCUCAACUGGAUUAGAUUAGAUCGAGUAGCUGCACCAAGUAAUUAUUAAGGUUAAUUAAUGAAUCGGCGAGGAAGACGAGCUACUCCUUGCCGCGGACACAGCCCGCCAUACUCACGCGUUGUGCAAUCCAGCGAUGGCACGCUUUUGGAGACGGAUCCGUUGCUAGGGAUCGUCGCGGCGGCGUGCACUCUGUUCUGCGCCUACGACAACUUCCAAGUCGCGUUUGUACUGGACGCUUGCAAAGGAUACCAGGAGUGGGUAACCGGUGUAACCCAGGUUGUAAUCUGCAUCGCCUUUGUGGUCGUCAAGAUCCACGAAUUCCCCGCGGUUCAGUGGCCGGCGCCGCCGCCAUUGCCGUCGACCGCGUUCAUCCUCCCCGCAUGCCCGGCCAACUCCCGGAUCUGCCGAGACACGGCCGUCAUCGUGAUCAUCUCCUACGUGCUGCUGCUCGACAUUUCCCUGGGCUACAUCUGGCUCGCCGUCUUCCCCGCGGUCGCCAUCGCCUUCAUAUACGCGCUCUGCACCAAGCUCUGCCCUCCUCCUCCUGCGCCUCCUGCGGCAGCUGGAUGCAGCGAGCUUCGUCCCAACUCUCAAGACAAUGGCGGCAUCGACCGCAAGACCAGGAAGCGAGCUCUCAAGGCAAUGGCAGCGGCGCCCUUCUUCGCGCUGCUGCUGAUGGCGCAGCUCGAAGACGAAGCGGCCAACACGUUCGCAGUCUCCCAGUUCCUCCUCUUCCUCAGCACCACGCUCGGCGCGCUGGCCUACAUGAUGAUGAGGCUCCCGGCCUGCGGCGUGGCGCCGGCGUCGGAGCUGCUGCACAAGGCCUUCCUGCUGCUAUUCCUGGUGACGGCGCAUGCCAUGGCGGCCGAGGCGCUGGGCGAGGAGGGCAUGGUCAUGGCCUGCGCGCCGGAGCUCCUCCCCGUGGUCAUCUGGUUCGGCCUUCACCUCGAUGGCAACAGCUCCAUCAUCAGCCUCGACCAGAUGAAACGGCCAGGGAAAUAUGUGCUCGGCGUUCUCGCUCCAGUGGCCGUAGCUCUGCUAGCGUACCUGGCGACCUCCAUGGGCGAAUCUGGCCUCUCCAGGUGCACGACGAUCUUGGUGUCCUGUGGCGUCUCAGGGCUUCUCACUUACUAUCUCGCGUUCAUGCUGCGUCAGUGGCCAGGGCAGCAGACUGCUGCUGGCAAGAUCGACGAUGUGGCUCCGGCUCCGGUUGACAUAAGCCUUCCGCCUAAGAAGAAAGGAGGCAAGGGCAAGAGUGCCGCUGCCUCAUCAUCAGGGGAGGCUGCGCAGCCUGAAGAGCAAACUGUGGCCGCGUCGUCAUCGGAGGAUGCUGUGCGGCUCCUCGAGCUUUGGGCAAUGUUUCUGCUCACAGUUGCGGCUGCAUUGCUGAUACUCCAAUAUGUGGUUGCUCGCCGGCUUGGCCUGCAAGAAUCGCAGCUGCUUGACACUUUCUGCCGAAAUUUCCAACGACUAUGUUGGUAAUUUAGCUGAGCAAAUAAGACAGGCAAACCGAUUUUUUUUGGGUCCAUCCUGAUGCUUUACAGAGUGUCUCCUGAACUGCAGGCUACAUCUGUACUCCAAUUUUGGCUUUUGUGUACAAAAUGCUAUGUAGUUCGUACAGUACAAUUGCACAUUAAUCUGUACGGCGCACUGUAUAGUCGAUACAUAAUUUCUGAAGUCAAAUGUACUGUUCAGGCUUUCAUUACUUCUGAGGUUCACUUCAAAUGAGACAAAUCAUGUUUCAACUUAA